AUGGACUUAGAAAAAGCCGGUAUUGAGGUCAUCACUAGUGACACAGAUACUUUCAUGGCUAGUUUGAUAGUUCAACCAGCCUUGAUAGAUAAAAUCAAAGCUGCUCAGAAAGUGGACUCAGGGUUGGUGAAGCUAGUGGAAGAAGUCGGGAACAGGGACAAACUUGAUUUUAGCAUUUCCGAGGAUGGAGUUUUGAGGUUUAGAGAUAGAUUAUGCGUACCAGCUAAUGAUGAACUAAAAAGGGUAAUUUUUGAAGAAGCACACCGUUCUUUGUACACAGUUCACCCAGGGAGUACCAAGAUGUAUCGAGACUUAAGAGAGUCUUUUUGGUGGAAUGGCCUACCAAGGGCAUUGAGUGGACAAGAUGCCAUAUGGGUGAUCGUGGAUCGCUUAACGAAGACUGCUCGUUUUGUGCCCAUUAAAGUUUCUUAUAAACUGGAGAAACUAGCUAAGCUUUAUGUGCGGGAGAUAGUGAGAUGGGCAAUCAGAAAGGACUAUUCAGAUCUUAGAAGACAUGUUGAGGGCAUGUGUGAUGGAUUUUAA